CCUGGGCGCUAGUGACCAGGCGAUGCGGCUCAGCACCGGACCGCGGCCAAGACAUCCCACCAGCGCAGCCUGCCACCUUACCUCAGUUUCUCACUCUCACCAACGAUCGCUUGUUCCUCCACCUUCAAGAUACUUGACAAUCGCUUGCUCCGUGACAGACCACCUCCAUGCGAACGUUAUUUCCAAGCUGAGGUUGUCGACAGAGCGUCGUUGCCAACGCCUUGCGUCGAGUCUCUCAGCUUGUGCCUCAGACCCCGCUGCGCACCUGCCAUCCAUGGUAACAUCCCCCACACCGUGGACGGGAGAUCGGGAGCUGCGCACCGUAACAAACAUUUUAACACGCCGCCUGUUUUAUCCUGGCUGGGACGGUCCUAGAACGACCCGAGGCACAAUAUAUACUCGCGCGCCAGGCCACCUGGUCGUCCCGCCGCCAACAUGUCUUCGACUUACACCUUCUACCCGUCUGGCACCACCGGUACUACUCCAGAGCAACCCCGCAGCCCCCCAGCGCACAACGCUCAACAUCACACAGACCGCGGAUACCUUAGCCCCUUCUCGCCGCAAUCAAGUAGUAACUCGGCCUCUCCGGCGCUGAACACAAGCACGCCGGCCGAAUCGGUGUCCGCCCUCAGCCUCCAUUACCAGUCCAGCGAGUACAGCGAGGGAGACGACCCCUUCUGCGGCGUGGAUUUCAGUAGCUCCCUCGAGCACGCUUCCCCCUCCUUCUUGGGCGAUGGUAUUCUUCCAGUCGAUCUGAACGAGCCGCUUGUCGACAAACCAAGCGUCCAUGUUGGGCCUAGUAUGACGCAGCGUGUCCACCGGCACCUACCGCUGAGCCCAGACAAGACUCCCUCAUUGCCGGGGGGAUCACCCAACGGACAGAGAGGGGAGGAGGAAGCCACGGGAGCUGUGUUCCCCGACCUGGCCAGCACAUCCGUUGCGCCCCACGAGCUCCUCCUCACAGGCAACUCCUCUCCGGCUGCUAUGAGCACGCACGCCGGGGGUACCCACUGGACCCCGAGGACUAGCGACAGUAUUGGAUCCAGCGACGACGGCAUGGCCUCGCCUGGAACGAUGCAGAGUCCUCUCGUCACGGUCUCGCACUGGGACAGAGACGAUGUUGGACGAUCCAAUGCCGCGAAUUCCGAGCAGUCUCUGGAACGAGACGGCCAGUCCUUCUCCGCGUCCCGCGACAAUACUGGUCGGUGGGUCCCCGAUCAAGUUACUGGACAGCGUGGGCUAGGCCCCUUGGUUCGUCCUACGGCCCAAGUCGACAGCAUUAACGACAUUGCGGCGCAGCGAAAACUCAGCGAGCGGAACCGGGAAGUGAACGACUGGCUAGAGCGGUCGGCGCCUCCGUCACCCACCAAUCGGGGGGCCGAGGAGCAGCCGGCAGAGCCCCCGAACGAUGGAGACGACAACAUCCCCCGACGGGCGAUUUCCCUGGGCAACAGGACAGAGAACAAACCCGUUCCUGGACAGACGUACUAUAUCGAGACGGGAGGCGAGCUAACCAGCGAAGACCUAGAGCUUAUGCGCCAGGGCCGCAACUGGGAUGACGCCCCCAUUACGCUGUCCAUCUCGCAACCCAACGCUAUCGCCUAUCAACCUGAAUCCUCUCAAGCUGCCAUAGACAGAUGGAACCAGAUGUGCCGGGACACCGAUUCCGUAGUGUCGAGAGCGGCCACCUGGGGCACGCGACGGCUCAGCUUGCCAAGCAUCCUGGAUACCGAGGUGCAGACAGCGGGCAAUCUGCUCAAGAAGCUAUCCCUCAGCCGGAGAGACAUUCGGCGGCCAAGCAUCCUCGAAGGCCUUCGCGGUCUCGUCCGGAAACCAAGCAUCAACUCGAGCAAACGUGCCCGAGCAGAGGCCGACGAUGCGAACUUGUUGCACACCGAGCUGCCUGCAGAGAGGAAGGAGACCCAGCCCCAGGCCAAGCUCGCCCCUCCUAGUCCCAAACCGGCGUGGCCUAGGAAACAAAGUGUGCCGAGCAUCAACACUGCGUUCGUGGACGUCGGCAGCAGGGUGGCCUCGAUUGGUGCGGUCCAUGCCCGCACCGGAUCCAUCAGCGCGACGCCCAUUACCUCGCCGCGGAGCCCGAUGGGCCGCAGCCUGAGUGUGAAGAAGCCGCUGAGCCGGCUGCGGAGCAAAUCAGAGACCACCUCAAGCAUCGCUGACCUCUGGAAGAAGAGUGGUGGCCCUCCGGUGUCGAACUUGGGCAAGACCAAUGUGGAUGUGCCCGAGGCUGACGACGACGAGGAUGAGGAGGACGACCUGGACGAAGACGUGGACCUGAAGGGCGAGACCGACAAAGUCAUUGACGACAUCACGCCCAACUUUGCGGGUUUCCAACAGCACGUCCUGAAGCUGAAUCCGCAAUUGGCCACCACCAACAGCUACUUGGUGGACCGCAUUGCCCAUCAGCAGUGUGUCCGCUACAAGAACCUUCUCAGCUUGCGAGUGAGGCACCUGCAAUCAAUUGCCGCCAAGAACUGUUCCUCCGGGUCCAUGUGUAUUGCCCUGGGAGGCAGCGCCAUCCCGAGUUCAAAGGGUGAUGCGCGCGGCCUCGAUCCCCUGUCGGCCACAUACGAGGGCUCGGACGGAGACGUAACACCCCUGGAAGGCGCGGUCAACCAGGACAGUUUCCCGCAAGACAUCCCCAUGCCGCCGACGGCCUCGUUGCCAGCCGAGUUCGAAUGCCAGCUGUGCUUCACGGCCAAGAAGUUCCAGAAGCCAUCCGACUGGACCAAGCACGUUCACGAGGACAUCCAGCCCUUCACCUGCACGUGGGAGCGCUGCAAGGAGCACAAAAUGUUCAAGCGGAAGGCCGACUGGGUCCGCCACGAAAACGAGGGACACCGCCACCUGGAGUGGUGGACUUGCGACGUCGACGACUGCCGCCACAAGUGCUUCCGCCGUGACAACUUCCUCCAGCACCUCGUCCGCGAGCACAAGUUCGCCGAGCCCAAGGUGAAGACCAAGGCGGCCAUCAAACGCGCCGGGAACGUAGAUCCAACCUGGGCCAAGGUGGAGGCUUGCCAUAAAGAAACCAUGGAGCUUCCCCAGAACGAGCCCUGCCGGUUCUGCGGCAAGACCUUUCCCUCGUGGAAGAAGCUGACGGUCCACCUUGCAAAGCACAUGGAACACAUCAGCCUGCCAAUCCUCAAGCUGGUUGCCAGGAAGGAGCUCGACGAAGACACAAUCAUCAGCCCCGUGCAGGAACCGCCUCCGCGGUCUUUCCCACCGGUCUUCCCAACCAACGUCAAGGCGGAGCAGCUCCCCUUUGGGCACUCACCGGCCAUGUCCCACGGGCCAAUAUCCCGUCAACCUAGCCCGAUGGCCUAUCCCCCGACAGCACACCACGCGCAGCCUCUGGGCAUGUAUCCCAUUGCGCCUCCGCCACAAGGGUACCCAAUGAGCCUCUACAGCGCGAACUUUGAUGACCUCUCCCAUGGCAUGGCCCAAGCAGCACAAAUCGAUAUGUCACCAAUGACCCAUCACGGCUUCCAAGGGCUCAACACCCCUCACAGCCACGCGGCGCCUGCUGCCUUCCCCACCACCUUGCCCACGACCACUUCGGCGGCCGGCGCAUACAUGUCCGCUCCGCACCAGACGAGCGGCUACAUGUCGAUGGCCUCACCUUCCGAUCUCGAGCCGUUUCCGCCGCUGGGCAACAUGGAUGCGCUGGGGCUGGGCCUGGCCUUACAGCCCAAUCCAACCGGUAGCAGCACCGGUGUGGCGGCGGGCCAACACCACAUGGCAUAUUCGAUGGGGCUGCCGGUCGUUGAGCAGCAGCAGCAGCAGCAGCAGCACUUCUCGCCCCAAGGGUCGGUGUCGCCAUACGGGCAUUCACCGAACAUGCCGCAAGCGGGUUUCUAU